AUGCUGGCAAAUGCCUUUGUGUUUCGAAUGGCCACGAAGGAUAGAACACACAUAAGCUCACAAGUGCUGGACAUCAUCAUGCCUGUCAAACGAGAAGUUAUCAAGGAGCUGACACCAGAAAAUUCAAUGAGACGUUCAACUCGACACACGCUGGCUCCCAAACGCCUUCAAUACUCUCCUGAGGAAAAUCCAGACGAGACCCCACAAAAGAAAAUGAGAAAGGACGUACACCGUAAAAAGGCUCAAAACUCCAUCCAGUCUGCAACAGUGUCACAAGAUGAGGGACUUUCAGCCUAUGAACUCGAGCGUCUAGAAAACAUCAGGAAAAACCAAGAGUUUCUGUCUUCUCUCAAAAUUUAUGAGAUUUCCCAUGAAUUGAAGCAGUCUGUGCGUCCCAAGCCCACACAAAAAGGUCUGAAGAGAUUGGGAACUGUUCAAAAGGAAGUGCUUCCACCUCGCAGGUCUCAGCGACUCCAGAAUAUAGAGAUUGAUCCACUUCAAAACCCAGACACAACAACGUCCAAACAAAACCUGGAUUCGUUUAUGCACGUAAAAAAAACAUCUGGUCCUCUUGUGAUGAAGCCGAUAAACAUGUCUGAAGACCAACUGCCCAAUCAACUUCUCAAGAUUUGGACGGAGAAUUUAACAGAUAAAAUAAACACAAGGCUGAACCUGAUGCAAUACAAAACUGCACUCGCGGGUCUGAAGGUGACGGAGGAAAGAGUGGCCAAAGUGGUAAAGGAGCGCAUCUUCUCCGCCGCGUUUCACCCAUGUGCCAGCAGUCUGCUAAUGGCUGCAGGUGACAAGAGCGGGAAAGUUGGACUGUGGAGUUUGUCUAGUUCUUGGGGAGAUGAUGGCGUGCUCUUAUUUGAACCACACUCGCGUCCCGUCACGUGGAUGGCGUUCUCCCAGACAAACCCCUCAGACUUGUUAAGCACCAGCUAUGAUGGAUUCAUGCGUCACAUGGACGUCGAGAAGGCGGUCUUCAAUAAUGUAUAUGAACUGGAUGGGGGCCUGAAGACAUUUGACUUCCUCUCCAAUGACUGCAUGAGCCUGCUUGUUGGUAGCUGGUUGGGAGAAGUUGCGAUUGUCGAUAGACGGACACCAGGAAACUCUCACGAGUCGCUCCACAUACUCAACACGAAGGCCGUGCGCUGUGUGAGUGUGCACCCGUUACAGAAGCAGUACUUUGCUGUAGCGGAGAGCCAGGUAGUUCAUAUAUACGACAAUCGUUUUCUGAAAAAGUCCAAUUGUACUCCAGUCUGCCAGCUGCUGGGGCAUUCCAAAAGCAUAAGUAGUGCUUAUUUUUCCCCAGAGUCUGGUAAUCGCAUUCUCACCUCUUGUAUGGACGAUUGCAUAAGGAUUUAUGACACAUCCAGCACCACUGUGGCCCCUUUACUCAACACCAUAAGACACAACAUGCAGACAGGCCGCUGGUUGUCAAAGCUGACUGCUGUGUGGGACCCGAAGCAGGAGGGGUGUUUUGGAGUGGGCUGCAUGUCGCGUGAGCGCUGUGUGCUGCUUUACCACGAGAGCGGGCAGCUUCUGCACAGGCUCUCAGAGAACCUCAGCACCGUGCAGUCGGUCGUGGCCUUCCAUCCGAGCAGCAACGUCCUCCUGGGGGGAAACGCCUCUGGACGUCUGCACCUCUUCACUUAG